AUGGACCCAGAUUCAAUAUGGGGCCAGCUCAAGAAUGUUUACUUUGAGAAGGAGACGCUGGUGGUCUCAAUGUUUCAUAUAAACCCGAUGCUCACAAGGGAGGAAAUCAAAAUUGAACUAGAACGAGUGAAGAAAGAUUUGGAAGUGAGGUUCGAUCCUUGGAUUAAUCACUACGUAUGGAACGAAUCACCAAUAACGUUUCAAAUGACAGAACAUGAUGACGUGGAUUAUAUAUAUGGUGAACUUGUGUUUGGUGAUUACUUUGCUGAUGAAUGGCUUGUUACUCAAAUCUUGUUUGAUUUAUCAAAAACAUAUGAGGAUUUAUAUAUACAUUUAUCAGACAAUGAGGGUGAAUUUCUACUUAUUGAAGGUGCCCAAUAUUUACCAGAUUGGUUAGAGCCAGAUAAUGCAGGAAACAGAGACUGGAUAAACCAUGGAAGAAUAUUGAUCAUACCAGAAGAAUACUACAAGGACAGAAGCUUAAAACUUGCGGAAGCAUUGAAAUUUUUGGAUCGCGCUGUUUAUAAGUGCUUGAAGGUUGAGGAACUGGAUAAUGCUGUUAUUAAAAAGGUGAAGCAGUUCCCUAAAGUAGCUCUUGAGGGACAGAUAAGCUUGGAAGUUACUGUACCCAGAAAAAUUGCAGAGAUCACCAACGAGAAGGUUUCCCCUAAGCUUGAUGACCUGGUUGAUUUGAAGAUCCAGACUACUGCAUUGGCCUAUUUGUUUGUUGAUUAUUAUUUGAAAUCUCAGAAUUUAACCUCCCCAAAGGUCGAUGGAGGUAAACUUGUUACUCAAGCCGUGGAAAUGUACUUAAAAGAAGAUUCAAAUUUGAAUUUAACUUACACACCAUCUGACCAAGAUCUAAAAUCUUUUAAUGAGCAGGGUGAUGUGCUGCAAAAGGAGUUGGUUCGUUUAAUGAGAAUAGAUAAGUUUGUUGAACCUAACUUGGACUUUGGAGACCUACCAACAGGAGAAGAUGGUUUACAACAAGAUGAUGAGAUUAUAUCAAGACUAGAAAGUUUUUUCAAGGACACCAACGCUGGUUUGGAUGGUGUAGAAACUCCAGCUGAUAAGACUGGCUUGCCUAAAGCAAAAAUUGAA